AAACUAGGCAUAGCUAUAUACGUAUAGGGAAGAGAUAGGUAAGAGAGAGAAAAAUAAAAAACAGAAACGGCGUACAAUUAUAACUUUCCCAAACAACACAAAAGCACCUAAUUCCAAUUCUGAAAUAUCACACUCAGUAUUAAUAAGCUUUAUUAGAAGGGUGAAUAUUUUUUUUUGAUUGGAAAAAAAUGGAGGAAUUGGAGAAGAAGAAUAUUACUAGUAUUAAGGAAGAAGAAGCAGAAGAAGAAAUUGAUAAUAGUUUUGUUCCUGUUUAUCACUCUUUUGCUUCUAAAAAUUAUCAUUCUCACCUUGUUUCUGCUGAUUAUUUGUCGAUUUUAGCAUCCAAAGAUGGUGAUUUUCUUCUUUCGCCCACCGGAGCUCAGGUGAAAGUUUCGGAACUUGAGGGCAAAGUUGUUGGCCUUUACUUUUCAGCUAACUGGUAUUCACCAUGUACGAAGUUUACAAACCUGCUAGUCAAUGUGUACCAACAGCUUAAGGAAUGCAGCAAUAUCAAUCUCGGUUUCGAAAUUGUAUUUAUUUCGUCCGAUGAAAACUUAAAUGCCUUCAAUACUUAUAGGUCAUCAAUGCCUUGGCUUGCAAUUCCAUUCUCUGAUUUGGAAACAAGGAGGGCCCUUACCCAAAAGUUUGAUGUCGAAGGUAUCCCUUGUAUGAUAAUUCUACAACCUAACGAUAACAAAUUAGACGCUGCAGUUAUUAAAGAUGGAGUUGAACUUGUGUAUCGAUAUGGAGUGCAAGCUUUUCCGUUUACCAAAGAAAGGUUGGACGAGUUACGAGGGAAGGAGAAGGAGAAACGUGACAACCAGACCUUGAGCAAUUUGCUAACACACGAUGCCAGAGAUGUUCUUUUGGGGCAUCCUAGUCCUAAACAAGUUUCUGUUGCUUCUUUAAAGGGGAAAACAGUUGGACUUUACUUCUCAGCUCAAUGGUGCAUUCCUGCGAAAAAAUUUACUCCGAGGUUAAUUUCAGUCUACAAAAAGAUUAAGCAGCAGCUAGAGGGAAAGGAGGAUGAGGAUUUCGAGAUAGUGUUCGUAUCAAGUGACCAUAACCAAGUGGAUUUCACAACGUAUUUCGAGACCAUGCCCUGGCUAGCAAUUCCAUUUGAUGAUCCAACAAUCAAUGCUCUAGCUAAGUAUUUUGAUAUCCGAGGGAUUCCGAGCCUAGUGAUACUGGGCUCUGAUGGUAAAACAGUGACCAAACAAGGUAGGAGCCUCAUCAACUUAUAUAAAGAGAAUGCUUACCCAUUCACAAAGACUAGAGUAGGCAUAUUAGAGAAGCAAAUGGAUGAAAUAGCAAAAGGCCUUCCUAAGACAGAGAACCAUUCGGGCCAUCGACACGAGCUCACUUUAGUACCAGAAGGCCAUGGAGGUGGAGCUUUUAUCUGUUGUGAUUGUGAUGAACAGGGCUAUGGAUGGGCUUAUCAAUGCCUUGAGUGUGGCUAUGAGGUACACCCCAAGUGUGUGAAUCCCGUGCGCCGUGACCCGGACAACUAAGUUAUUGGGCUGAUCUUAGGUUCUUACAUGUUAUAUGUAGAGAUAAAUAGGUAAGAGGAUACCAUAAUGUAUAAUUGGGUAUAAAGCAUGUCUUUCCGACAUGUUAUUGUGAAUUUUUAAUGGGCCUUUGUUUAUGGAACUCACAACUUCUUGUUGUUGGUUUGAGAAGUCAUCAAAUAUGAGCCUCUCGAAAAUCACAAAUGUACAUAAAAAUGUUUUUAUUAUACUCCAGGAUGAGUCAUUAUCAUUCUUUGUUCUAUUAU